AUGAAGGCAGGGAAAUUCUCGAGGACGCAGCGCACGUUGAGGACGUGCAGAUCUCUGUUGCUCCCGUGGAUCAACGGAGGUGGUUACAGCGUGUGUUUCUUUGCACAGCGAUUAAGGGGGAGGACCAAUGGCAACAAAGGAGACCGAGAGGACGGUGGCUCCUCCUCUCCCUAUCUCUCCCUGUCUCUCUCUCUCUCACUGUGUGUGCGUGCUUUAUACAUGUAUAUAAUCCAUGAGUUGACCCAGAAAACAAACUACUCUGUCAACCGAGACGCAGCGCAGUUUGGAUCCGCCGAAGACCAAAACGCCAUGGCAGAACACAUGAUGAUGCCCAUGACCCAUGGCUUUAGGAUGAGUAUGAAUGGAGCUCCACAACACAAUGGACAGCCGGGGAUGCGGAGUCUGCCCAAUGGCCAGGUGAUGCACUAUGGCAGGAACCCUCAGAAUAACAUGGAGGCUGCCAUGAGACAGAGACCAAAUAUGGUGGGCCCCGGAGGGAUGGGCAGCCCGGUGAAUGGCGCUCCCAUGGCCAGCCACCACCACCAGAUGAUGUCCGGUAACAUGAUGUACAGCAGCCAGGGCCUGCAGCAGCAGCAUCACCACAUGCACACCCAGCAGCAACAGCAGCAACAGCAACAGCAGAGUGGACACCCGCAGCAGUACCAUCCUGGUAACCUCACCUCCCAACAGCUCAUGGCCAGCAUGCACCUGCAGAAACUCAACACUCAGUAUCACGGACACCCGCUCGCCUCGGCCAAUGGCCACCAUAUGCCUAACGGGGCACAGUACCGAGUGGGCCCGGCCCAGCUUUCGGGCAUGCAGCACAUUGGUGGACCGUUGGGGCCCAACGGAAUGGACAUCGACCUGAUUGAUGAGGAGGUUCUGACGUCCCUGGUGUUAGAGUUUGGUUUGGAUCGCGUUCAGGAGCUGCCCGAGCUUUUCCUGGGACAAAAUGACUUCAUAUCGGACUUUGUGUGCAAACAGCAGCCGAGCACUGUGAGCUGCUGAUCAAAUCAGCUUCCGGCCGAUUCGGUUUGCUUGAACUGGACACCCCCAAAGAAUGACUUAGUGGCACCAGUAGCACAGCAAAAGGAGACAAUCUCUCUUAUCUGUUUGGGUGUUUCUGUGUGUGUAUAUGACAGUGUCUAAUAUGCCUUCACACUGACCUGCCUGAGAUUAGAUUAAGAGUUUUAAUGAGCAAAAAUGCAGAGAAAGCACCAGGCUUUUUCUGUUUUAGCCUGUGCCAGUGAGAUCUUUCGCCUUUGGCCAAAUAGAGGCAUCCUGAUGUAGCGGGCUCUGCCUGUACCCAUCUGGCCCUCAGCACAUGUGCCUACAGUGCAAAGGCAUUUGAAUAGUAGAUUUCACACAAUACGAGAACACAACUAAAACAGUGUCCAUCUAUUUGUGUUCGAUAUGGUGUUAUCUGGCAAUGUGUUUUUAUCUUGGAUGGCUUCUGCAACUGGUAGAAAACAUCUCAGAGUUUGUAAAUAACUAUCCACUGAAUUUCUUCCCAUUGCUAUUGAGAGAGGAGAAUCUGUGAGUGCAUAUUGAAGGCUGGCUCUUCAAAAAUUUCUUCCUUCUAAAAAAACAAAGAUACAAAUAAACUAAGUCAACUCUUUAAAGAGCUAGUAAGGGUAGAGUUUAGGUGGUACAGCAUUCCUGAGUAACCUGAUUACACUUUUGGUAAAUUGUUAUGGGCAGAUUUACUAGAUUGAUUGUUUAACUUUUUUGUCUUUAACUUCAUUCUGAAUGAAUAUAUGCUUUCAUUUAAUUUAUGACCUUUGCUAAUUUACUUUAACUGAUUCAUGUUGAUCAUUGGAAGCACAUUUUCACAAGUGGCUUAAACCAACAUUUUAUUUGUAUGUGGAAGACUCACUGCCAUAUAUAGGGUCAAGCAAAUCCUACUGAAUACAAUGAUAUCGCUGAGAAAUAAUCUAAACAAACUAACAGAUGAAGCUUUUUUUCUUUUGAAAGUCUUUUGGAAAACUAUGAAAUGGUGGGUGAUUGCAGGAUUUAGAUCUAUAUGUUUUUGUGCACCGGCACAGUGAUGCAUUUAAAUCCCAUUGAAUUACACCCUCUUCCAUAAAAAACUGCUCAGUGUCAUGAACCUAACAGAAGGCUGUGUAGUGGGGGAGAUUUUGGUGCGUGGACAUAUUGUGUGGACACAGCACUCACUGCCAGCAUUUGGCUUAAUCAUUGUUUAAAACUGCCACUACCUGUGGAAUUGAUUUCAUCACACUGGACCAGCAGGCGAGGAGCGAAGUUUCCAUAUAUUACCUUACUCUGCUGCUUUUUAAGUGAUUAGGUUUAAAUGACGUGUUUUCACACGUCUUGUCUUAAUUGAGGUCAGUUUGCUCAUUCUCCGGUGACUCAAUAAUUAUAAGACAGACAUGUUCUGUGGUUCUUUGUUUAAGCACAGUUGGUUAUUAGGUUUUUUGCCUAGGUUUGCUGCUUUGUUGCUGCAGGCCAGUUGUGUGAGAACCUACUGCACACGUAUUUGUGGAGCUGUUGGAGGGGUUAGUGCUGCUCCAGUGGACUGUGUUAAUCUGCUCCAUUGCAACUCUACUGCUGUCCCCGUCUCCCUGGAGAUGUGCCAUCUCCGAGCUCUUGAUUCAAACAAUGGGCAUUGUAACGCUGUGAUGUAAAGACCAGCACGAGUCGCCGCUCUUUCACACUUCUGGGCUGGUUAAAAUGCAGCCAGACAAAACUCACAGUUGGAUAUGGAAGUACAGUGGCCUGAUUACUGCUAUAUCGGUAAAUGCAGCCUUUUUGUGUAUUGUAUCUUUGUACUGUAGACUAGAGGUGAAGUUGAUCUAAAUACUUUUAAGGUACUUUGAAAAAAAAGAAAAAGAAAUAUCGUCAGAUGUAAAUGUAAAUCAGUGGCUGAUUUCUUUUUUGUGUUGACCAGAGGUUAUAUCCUACAUUUUUACGGUGUGUAGAUACAGUAUACCAAUGUCUUUGGGUGCAGGGCCUUAAGCUUUAAGACCAAGUAGAUUGCAUGUUUAAGCAAGUGUGAGGGUUGCCACCACUUUACUACAAAGCUGCUGAGAAUGUAAAGAACACUGCUUUGUGGGAAUUUGUCCUAAAAUGGUAGAUAAAUGCGUGAGAUUGUACUCCUGGUUCCAAAAUUACACAUCAUUCAUUUGGGUAAACCCCCACGCAACCCAUUGUCCCAUCUUGUCCUUUCCCAGUUCCUUAAAGCUUUUGUAAUGUUAUUGAUUCUAUUUUAAAGAAAAUGUAUUUAUUUUCAAAUAAAGUAUUUAUUUAAAGAGC